AUGCAGCAGCCGUUGUUCAGCUCAGCCAUCCGCUCCCAGGAUUGCAGGAUAGAGGUGGCCUUCGAAGUCCAUCCUCACAGCUGUUUGUAUACUGAACAUAGGUAUCCAUCGAACCACAACGACAGCAGCGGGGCAGAGUCAAACCACAACAACAACAACAACAACGAGAGCCACCGGUCCUCUGACUGCGAUGAAGCCAAAGCUGGGGAGACUCUGUCCCCAUUAGUAGAGGAAAACUGCGGAUCCAAGUACGUGGGAAGCAAGCAUGUAGAGAGCCCAUCAAAUCCUUGA